UUCGGGUUCUAGAGGUUUAUCUGGCUCGGCUCGGGCGUUCAGAACCGGAACAUGACGGCUCGUCCUGCUGGUUGUGCCGGCGGUCUGGACCAGAAGGUUCUGCAGUAUGAAGCUUUCAUCAGCGACGUGCUGAGGAGAGACCUGCGGGCGGUGCUGGAGCAGAGGGAUCGUCUCUAUGAGAAGAUUCACUACCUGCAGCUGAAGAACGCCAUCCAGACUCUGGAGGAGGCGGGGCCUCAGCGCCUGAAGGCAGACGUGGAUCUGGGCUGCAGCUUCUUCGUUCAGGCCCGAGUGGACAAUCCGUCCAGGAUUCUGGUGUUGGUCGGGUUCGGGUUCUUCGUGGAGAUGAGCCACCAGGAGGCGCUGCGCUUCAUCGACAAGAAGACCAAUCAGCUGACACUCUUCAUUGAGCAGCUCACCAAGGACGUCGCCAAAAUAAAAGCCCAUAUUCGCAUGGUGCUGGAGGGUCUGCGGGAGCUGCAGGGGCUGGAGGAGCUUCCUGCCGUCUGCAGGAAGUCUGCUGCUGCUGCUCAGCUCUGAUUGGACGAUAAGGAGGAAGAGGAUGAGGAAAUGAUCUUCAACUGGACACACAGUGGAACCAACUUCUCAGAUGUGAAUGGAAACAUUGAUGACAUCUACUUCCUGUUGCUGCUCAAACAGGAAGUCCUCCAUAUCACUAGGACCUUUCAAAAUAAAAUGUCAGGAAGUGGCUUUGUCUGUUGAACAGAGAAGCAGCUGAACUGAAGCUGAAGAAACAAACAUGAACAAGUUUUCGUCUUUUUGCUGUUUAUUGUGGGUUUUUUUAAAUAAAUAAUUUGAGAAUA